AAGCGACCGCUUGAAUAUUUUCGCGGCGAAUGCGUGCGACGUGGGACAUUUGUUACGAGUGGAUCCGCGAUCGACAGCGCAAUUCAGUACAAUUUGUGUGCCUUUAUCAUCUUCCAGGCGACGCUUGCUGAAAAAAUAUAAGCGUGCGAUGUACAUAUGCAUAUAUUUCUGGACGCAGGUUGACUCUAUACUGUAUCUGCGAUGCUUUUGCUUGGCUCAGUGAUGAGUACUGUGAAGAGAGAUGUAUAGCAAUGUUCUUUGAAGAUAUACAGCAAUGAAAACACACAUCUUCGAGUUAGAUGCAUAAAGGAUCUUAUCCCUACAGACAGAAAAGAUUUGAGAACUUGGCUUUUGUUAAGUGUUAGCACCAACGUAUGUAUUACUAAUUAAUCAAACAGACAUGGCAAAGACAAACAAGAGACAUAUCCGGGCGAACAGUAAUGACAAGUUAAAAGCAUUGCGGGAUCAGCUUCGCAUGUGUACAGUUGUAUUGCAUAACGUUGCUUUAGAUAAGGAUCUAGUUCGACUUUAUCAUUCAGCAUUCUCGGGAAAAAAGAAGAAGUUAGAACACACAACACCAUGUAUUAAUGCAUCUGAAAAUUCUAAUAAUGUAUGGAUGUUAAAGGAAAAUGUACACGAAGAUAAUAUGCAGGAUGAGAUUCCUCGUGUAACAAGAAAUCGUUUGAAAAAAUUAACUAAAAAGGAAAUGGAAGAAUGUAAAGAUGUUGAGUUAUCAGAUAACUUAUUGUACAAUCAGUUUUAUAAAAUGGUUAAACCAGAAUUUCUAGCACAGAAGCGACAAGUAAAAUGUGAUGAUAGCAUUAAAUCAUUUUCAAGUAAAAGUAACGAUGAUAUAUCUAGUAUGUCUUCGAAUACAUACUGUAGUCAUACACAAAAGAAGACUGUACCAUCAAAUAGUCAAAAGCCUCUAAUAAAAAGUAACAGUAAUAAAAGACUAAGUGUACAGAAGAUUAAUAAAAUAAAAGGUAACAGAAAAUUGCAGUUAAAUAAAUUAGGUAUUAGUAUGAAGUCAAUAAAAAUUAAUUCUGAUGAUGAAAAUUAUUUAAAUAAAAAGAAUUUAACUAGUACUGAUGUUAGUAAUAAGAUGCAAGAGGUAUCCGAUGAAUUUGUCAAGAAAUAUAAUAGUAACAACUUGUGUACAGUUGGUGUUACUAAUGGAACAAUUUGCAGAGUAAGACUGGAACAUUGCUUGGAAAGGAAUCAAAACAGUAAAACUGUAUUUUCGAAUAUAAUUAACACAGACAUAGAAAACAAAAAAAAUUUUGGAACAUCUGAAGACAAUAAGGCAGAUUUUAAAUCUAAGAACGUAAAUUUUUCUAAUAAUUGUUUUACUAUAUGUAAUAACAGUAUAAAUGGUACCCAAAAUCAGAAAGAUGCAGCAACGCGAGCAAGCAAUAAAACUAUAUCUCUCACUUUAAACAGUACUGUAACAACAGAUGUUUUAAAAUCAUUUGCCCUUAAAUCUAAAGAAGUGAAAACAAAUGAUAAAACUGUGUUUUCAACUGCAGAUAAUACUAUAACAACGGGCGUUUUAGAGUCAUUUACUUUAAAAUCUUCCUGUCCAACAGUGUCUGAGACAAAUGUUACUAAAAUACAGCCUGAUCUGCUCACAACAUGUAAUAAAAAACAAUGCGUAAAUAAAACGAAUAAUAAAAAAACAAAGGAAAGUUUACCAAAAAUAACUGAGGAUCAUAUUUUACCAAAAGGUACAAUAAAAUUUAUCAAAGUAAAUAUAAGUGACAAAGGUAAUGCUGAAGAUUUUCUAAAACAAAAUGAACAUAGUGAUAUUAAUAGUAAUACGAAGCAUAUUUCCUACAAUGAUGAUACACUUGACUUUACAAAUAUUCUUAAAGAAAAAGAAUACGAUGAAAUGGAUAAUUCAAUCGAUACAUUAAGAAUAUCAGAAUUUACAACUGUUAUUAACAAUAAUAUUGAUUUAAAAAAUAAAAAUAUAGAUUAUAAUAAACUUCAUAAUAUUCCACAGAAAAUUAAUAAAAGCAUAGAUUUUUUGAUAGAAGGAAAAAAUAACGUGCAUAAUAAUGUAAAUAUUAAUAAUGCUAAAAAGGCAGAAAUAAAUAAAAAUUGCACUUUAAAUCGUGAAGAACGAGCAAAUGAAUUAAAUGAUGAAGAACAUAAGAACGAUUUAUUAAAAGAUGAUGAAACCAUUUUAAAUGAGAAUACUUUAAAUCUUGUGGAUCUAAAUGGAAGCUAUAAUGUCAACGGAUCAUCAAUCUUUGUUACCAAAGAAGAGAUUGCAAAACAAAAUCGAAAGCGUAUUGCAGAAGAAAAUAGUAUUGAUAUAAAGUUGAACAAUAAAAAAAGGAGAUUAAAUAGAACAAUUUGGCUGCACAACAAUGUAACAUGUGCUAAAUCAUUGAAUUAUCAACAACUUAAUGACUUUCCAGGUAUCAAUACGAUGGAAACAGCAGGAUUAAACAUAGCCGAGAAAAAUAAUGUUGAACUUGACUUGCGCAAACAUUUGAAUAAAAAAAGAUCGAAACAAUCACCCAAACAAUUGACAUUUGAGCAUAAGCUUAAUAAUAAUAGCAUAGAUCCUAAACCGAUAAACUUAAAUAAUAAAAAAGAUGAUAAAAAAAUUACUCCAAUAAGUACAACAAAAAACGAAAAAUUUCGUAAAAGACUCUUUUUCGAGACAGAACCAAUCUUGGAUAAAACUUUGUUAGUAAAAGAGAAGACUUUGCCAGACGAGGAGAAAGAUAUUCAAGUAGAUUUAGUUUGCAACAAUUAUACACAUAGUCAUAGUGCAUCACCACUAAGCACGUCCGAAGAGACACAACAUCUAAGUCAAAUAGAUAAAAAUAUUGGUGAAAAUAUUAAUGUACAAGAGAAACAUACAAAUAGCAAAAAUGAAGAUGAUUAUGAUGAUGAUUGCAUUUCUCUGUUUGCAGAAUCGUUUGAUACAAAUCUCUGUGAAACUACAUUUCUAAAUGAACAAGACAAAUCGAACAAAUCUUUACAUUCUGAUGCACCAUAUAUAAUGACUACUAGCAGUUUUAAUAAAUUUGUGAAACAAAAUGCAACUGAGUUUAAUAAGGAGUACGCAAAAUAUGUAGAAAGUAAUAUACAAACAUCGAAUAAAACUUGUGAGACAAAUAGAGAAGUUAAUCGUCAAUUGAGGCAGACUACAGAUUGUAUGCCCGAAACUACAUUAAAAGUAACGUCACUUGAAACUAAAAAAGAAGAAAUAUUGAAGUAUCCAUGGUCAACAAAAAUUGAUCUUAAGAAUAUGAUCGUAGGAUAUUGUUUUUGUAUAUUGAAGAAGGGUAUCUGUCACAAAUCGAUACAGUGUAGAUUUCAACACGACUUGCAGACUCUCAUUAGAACGGUUUGCUCGGAAGAUCCUAGAGCGAUAUUGGAUGUGAUACGAAAUGCACUGCAUCUUGGCUAUAAUUUUUUUUGCAGAAGAAUAUAUUUGAAUUCAAUGGCGAAAUUAACGAUUGAUCAGAUUUUAAUCAUGUAUCAAAUGUUUCACGAAAUUCGUCCUUUUUACUCAAAAGACGAAUUUACAAUUGCAGCAAAAAAAUACAUUAUUCACGAUGUUAUAAAUGAACUGUUGAAGCGACAACUGUCAUUAAAAACGAUUGUGAGCCAAAUGAUAGAAUAUAUUAUGCUCACCAAAGAUCCGAUUAAUCUUAUGAACAUGUUAGUGUGCAUUGAACAGUACGUGAAACAUGGUGAAUAUUGGAACACUGUAAAAUCUUUAAUUUUGAGAUUGCCACCAGAUAAAUUUAUUAUCGAGAAGAUAUUACGCGAGUGCAUAGAGAAUGAAAACUUAAUUGACGUUCAAGACGUUAACAAGAACUUAAUAAAUAAAGUUCAUCCUAAGUUAAUCUUACAAUUAGACAAAAACAUAUUGGAACGUUUUAAAAGAUUGACUGAAAAAGUUGCAAAGAAUUCACAUUCUACAUUAUUAAUUCAAAAUUUUGGAGAAAACUUAUCGGAAACUAUUGCUUCUCCUGAUGGAAAUACAAAUUUAUCACAAACAGAAUUUCCAAGAUAUGAUGUUACUGUUGCAAAUAAAAUUAAAGAUCAAGAAACUGAGGUGAAUGGAAAAACUUAUAUUUUGCGACCUAUCGAUGAUUUACCAGAACCACGAUCCAUUUAUAGAGACCAUAAUCAUCUCUGGAAAUUUUAUGUGGAUUUAGAUAGAUUUAAAAAGGGACUUUCUCAUCAAGAUUAUGAUUAUGUUAUUAAAAUUUUAAAAAAAUAUGCAGAAAAGGAUGAAAAUACAUUCUUUGUUCACUCUUGUUGUAAGAUACUUCGAACAGAGGUAAAACGUUCAGAAUAUCACUUAGCAAACAUCAUACGUCGUACAGUUCACAUGGAUAUCUUCGGUAUUCUAGGUAAAAUGUUGUUUGAUAUAGGAUUAGACAUUUUGACUAGUUUAGUGGACACAGAAGCCUGGGGACUUGCACUGUGGUUAAUUCAAUCACUUAAUAUACACGAUUUACCUUGUAAUGCUGAAUAUUUUUUGUUAUCGGCUGAGAUUUAUUUAGCUAACAAAAAGGCAGUAAAAGCAUAUGAUUUACUUAAAUACAAAAAUAUUAUAUGUACUAGUCGUGAUAAGUGGUACGUUAAAAGUACCAUUACUGAUGAGCACGUACGGAACAAAAUAAUGUAUAUACUAUUGGAUUUAUUUUGUAAUGAAUUUGUCGAACAUGCUUUCUGCCUUUUUCAAUUUUUACUUAAAGAUCAAUGCAGUCAAUAUUACCCAAUAGAUUUAUCUCGUUAUGUGGACAAGUUAAUAACUGUGUUUUUAUCAAGAAAAGAUACGAAUUUAAUCGCAGAAAUGGCCAACCUAAUACUUAAAUAUACUUUUGCGUUAAAUACAGUAACGUGUCGUGCGCUAAUUUCAACAUUGAUUCACAUGGACAAAAAUCUAGCCUGUCAGUUAUACAAUUACGCAGAAGGUGUAGGCAUCUAUUCUACUAUAAAGUUGUGGCCAAUCACAUACAUCA